CCCGGUAUCUCUGCUGAAUGCAUAGCGAUUCUUCAUCGAAACGGUUACAAAUAGGGAAAAAGUGGAACAUUCUACAUACUUUCACGCUCUACGAAGGAUUGAUAAUUCGCUGCGCGAACUGAUAAUAAUUGAGACAAAGAAACGGGUGCAGAAGUGCUGUAAAGUUCAGUUUCGUGAAAAAAAGAUAGGAAGAAGCAAAGAAAAAUGUAUCAGUGGCCACUGAUCGUUGCAUUAGUGGUUUCGAUGUUUGUUGGCAGAGUAUGUCCGGUAACGCAAAAAAGCGGACAUGGCGACGAAGGAAACAUUUCGACGCAAAAUAUUAGCAACGCGAAUCACACUUCCAGUGUUUCAAAUGCUAAUAAAACGGUCGAAGCUUCGAUCAAAACAGCGGAGGAUAAAAAGGAGAAGCAGAACAAAACCGAAAGCUCAGCACCGUUGGAAAGCUCGACGAACGUAACGUCGCCGCAUGCACAGAAAACGAUCGACGAUGGGAAACACAAUUGUAGUUCGACGAAGGAAUCAACGGACAUGACGAAUUGUUAUGUCACACCGCACGACAACGAUGAAAUUAUUGAAAACGACGCAAGUACAACAGAGCCUACAAAUACCGUAACUACCGCAACUAAUAAGACUGAAACGAGCACGGAAUCUCAAGUAACGAAAGCUCCUCCUCACGUGACCACUGAGGAAGAAGACAAGAAAUCUGUGGAAAUUUUCGUGCCGUUAAAUAACACUGAAACUCCGAGGAAAAUACCUUAUAACGUAACCACGGAAACCGAUCAUUCCAAUGGAAGUAUCCAUACCAAUGAGUCAGUUUCAGAUGCAGUUGCAAAGAAUGGUACCAAUAUCAAUGAAACAUCUGUUAGUUCAGUAGCACCUUUACUGGUAGAUAAUGUAACUGCAAAUGUAGGAGCAGUUAAGUCAACUGAUCAGAAUAAUAAAAGUAUGCCUUCAGGAAUGAUAGCGCUAGUUACCGCCAUAAGUUUCGCUGUCGCUAUUGCAAUUGUAUAUAUUGGCAUGAUUAUCUGGAGACGAUAUAUUGAAUAUAGAUACGGGCAUCGGGAAUUACUUGUGAACGAACUAGAAUUUGACACUAAUGAUUUACGUCAUUUUGAGCUGUGAUUCCAAAGCAGUCAUAAUCCACAAAGGAUAAAGAAACGCCUAAAUGAUUCGUAACCGGUCAAGGUGGAUAUAAUCCAUAACUAUUAAAGAUUCAUUGAUCUGUGAUACUAAGGACAUGCAUUGCGCCUGACAGUCAACAAACCAAAUCUAUUUGGAUAAUGUUAUACAUUUCUUGUAAUGUAAUUGUUUUAUAUACAUUAUGUAUACAACUCA